AUGUCUACAUCACCGCCCACCACGUCGCUAUCCCGCCUCGCAGCCGUUCUCCUCCUCCUCGUCAACCUCAUCCUCUCCGUCUCCGCCCAGUCCGCAACAGCCACCGCGUCCUCCACCCCAGCUGGCCCAACAAUCAGCCCCGGCGAGGGCAAAUACCAGUAUGUGGGCUGCUACAAUGAGACGACGCACAUCGAGGCCGGAGGCUCAGUGCGGGCGUUGCAGGGAAAACCGGAAGCCAACGACGAGAUGACGCCGGCCCGCUGUUUCGCCUUCUGCGGCGGCACCCAGUUCGCCGGCCUCGAAUAUGGACGCGAGUGCUGGUGCGCGCCGCAUCUGUCGAGUUUGUCUGAGAAGCUGGAGGAUGGGGAGUGCGAUAUUGGGUGUGCAGGGGAGAACGGAACGAUUUGUGGGGGCCGUUUGAGGUUAACGCUGUAUAAUCAGACUGGAACUGGCAAUGGAGCUGCGGGAAUGAGGGGGAGUGCGUCGUCGUUACUUGCUGGUGCGGCGGGGCUGGGGAUAGUCAUUGCUUGGUUCUUAUAG